AUGGCGAUUCUCAACAUCAAUAUUAGCUGGAAACAGCACAAAUGGCCCCUUUUCUACUGUCUCGUUUCUCUAAUCGGAGCUUUUGCGUAUGGAUAUGAUACCAUCUACUAUACAGGCAUUCAGGGCAUGGCUCCCUUCAUCCGAGACUACGGACACCAAAAGCCUGAUGGCACCUACGAACUCGGAACAACGUUUCUCUCCGUCACGGCCUCUCUAAUCUACGUUGGAGAGUUCUGUGGCGCCUUGAUUACGGCUCCUAUCAACGACAGAUUGGGACGAAAGGCUGUCUUUGCAUCAGCAUCUGUCUGUAUCGUUGCUGGCGCCAUCGUUCAAGUCUGUUCUUUCAGCAACUACGGCGUGUUCUGCCUCGGGCGCGUUCUGAUCGGUCUGGGCAUCGGCCAGUUUACCGCCACAUGCCUCAUCUACAUCAGCGAAGUUGCGCCAGCACAGAUACGCGGCCCGGCUCUCAUGAUGUUCCAGUUUAUGCAGUCGUGGGCCCAGUUCGCUGUGGCAUGCAUCACUCAGGGGACAUCAAACAUCGAUAACGCCGCGUCCUAUAAUAUACCCAUGGGCUUGCUUGUUGUCCUCCCGACGGUCAUGUUAAUUUGCCUCCCGUUCAUCCCCGAGACACCGGUCUGGUACAGUUCCAAGGGCCACCACGACAAGGCAGAGAAAGCCCUUCGCAGAAUAAACCGAGGCGUAUCCGACUACGAUGCCAACUACGAUCUCCAGCUUAUCAACGAACAAGUUCGACUAGAGUUCGAAUCGACAGCAGACUCUACUUGGGUAUCUCUCCUCAGCGAUUCGAUCGAACGAAGAAAGUUGAUAUUUUCAUGCGGAGCGAUGUUUGCCCAGCGAAUCAACGGUAUACAGUUCUGGUACACAUAUGGGGUGGUCUUUGUGCAGUCGAUCGGGGUUGCGCAGCCUUUCACUAUCAACACCAUCACCAACGUUAUCCAAAUUUUUGCCGUAGGAGCCUCAGUGCUCUUGGGCAACAAAAUUCGCCGCCGAACGAACCUUCUCGUCUGCACGAUAGGCAUGUUUGUCUCUCUGAUUGCCGUCGGCGGACUCGGCACGACCAAUCCCGGCGGCCCUUUCUCCCAGGGUGUUGGGACUGCGAUUGUUGUAUUUGCAUACAUCAACAUUGUCUGUUUCAACUUCUCCAUUGGAACCUUGUCAUACACCAUCGCCUCUGAGAUGGCGGUUGGCCGGAACCGGAACAAGAUCACCGCAGGUGCCAUCGGGGUAUUCUUCUUCACAGUCUGGCUGAUGGUCUUCGUCAGUCAAUAUCUUUACUACACCGCUAAUCUGGGUCCGAUGCUUGGCUUUGUGUAUGCAGGAACGACUCUCUUUACGCUGGCAUACGUGUGGUUCUGUGUGGGAGAGACGACCGGCCGGACAAAUGCAGACAUUGACCGGUUAUUCUUGGAGAAGGUUCCUGUAAGAAUUUGGGAUUCCUACAUUUUACAAAAUGCAGAGGCAAAGAGCAAUGGGAUGGUUGAGCAAGUUGAGACACAUGAAAUUGUACAGAAGUCGAUGUCAUGA